ACUGAUAUCAACAGUCAACGCUGCGGAUGCUGAUAAUGGGUCGUAUGGAAAAGUAUCGUAUUCCAUGGCCUCGAGAGAUGCAAAGGAGUUGUUUCAGAUAAAUGCGGAAACAGGAGAGAUCAGAGUAUCAGACAAAUUAGAUUACGAAGAGGAAAACAAUUAUCAGUUGAAUGUGAAAGCAAAAGACCACGGUGGACUUUCCGAUAUAUGUAAAGUUGUUAUUGAAAUUACUGACGAGAAUGAUAAUUCUACAACAAUACAACUGAUGUCUUUUUCCAAUACCAUAGCAGAGAAUUCCCCUCCUGGAACUACAGUAGCCGUGAUAAAUGCAGAGGAUGCAGAUGCUGGAAAGAACGGCGCGGUGCACUGUUCUAUAAACCCAGAUAUCCCUUUCAAAAUGGAGUCGUCAAUGACCGACUAUUAUAGCUUAGUAACUGAUGGUAUCCUCGACCGAGAAUCGAUUUCAGAAUACAAGGUCACCAUAAAUGUAUCAGACGACGGGACACCGAUUCUCUUCAGUAAUAAAACAGUGACAGUGAAAGUGACAGAUGUCAAUGACAACCCACCCGCCUUUGACCGCUGUGUCUAUGAGGCAUUUGUACCGGAGAACAAUUCCCCGGGGGUCUCCAUAUUUAUUAUCAGGGCGAGUGAUGCUGACUCUGGACAAAAUGCGCGCUUGUCCUACUACCUGGAGAACAGUGAGAUAAAUGGGGCACAGGUCUCUUCACUGGUCUCGGUCAAUUCAGAGAAUGGGGUUAUUCAUGCGGUGCGCUCAUUUGAUUAUGAACAAGUAAAAGAGUUUAAUUGUAAUAUAACUGCGCGAGACGGAGGGUCUCCGCCCCUCAGUGCUACUGUUACUGUGCACAUUUCUAUCCAAGACCAGAACGAUAACGCGCCUCAGGUUCUCUUCCCAGUACAGACAAGUAGCUCUCUGGUGGCUGAAAUGGUGCCUCGUUCAGCAGAUGUGGGCUAUCUUGUCACUAAAGUGGUGGCUGUUGAUGUGGACUCUGGACAGAAUGCCUGGCUCUCAUAUAAACUGCAGAAGGCUACAGACAGGCCGCUGUUUGAAAUAGGCCUACAGAAUGGAGAAAUAAGAACCAUACGCCAGGUCACUGAUAAAGAUGCUGUGAAACAAAGAGUCGCUGUUGUAGUGGAGGACAACGGGCAGCCAUAUCGAUCAGCUACAGUCAAUGUGAACGUGGCGGUGGCGGACAGCUUCCCUGAAGUGCUUUCAGAAUUCAGUGACUUUAUGCAUGACAGGGAUUACAACGAUAACUUGACUUUUUUAUCUUGUUUUGGCCUUGGCUGUCGUGUCUUUUCUCUUCAUCUCGUGUGUAGUGGUUAUAAUAUUGGUUAAGAUCUACAGAUGGAGACAAUUUCGCAAC